UAUUGUGAGCUAAGGUGGCCAACGGCGGAGCGGUAGCUUUUAGCCCUACACAUUAGUUUGGACCAAUGAUAUCGAUUCAAGCAGAUACAACCUCGGAUAAAAUGAAAGGGGAAACAAAAACGAGUUGGGCCUAACUAAUCAAAUCUGUGGGAGAACAGAGUUUGUACUUUCUGCUCCCCCAUCCGUCCUGCAACCUUCACCCUUAAAACCCUCUACCCCAUCCCCACGGUCACUAUCUGCACGGUGUGACCAUGACAACAGGGGAGUGUUGCCACCUGCCUGGUUCACUGUGUGACUGUGCUGGCAACACAGCCUUGUCCAAAAGUGUGGAGGAAGCAGGCAGUGAUGGAUGCCAGGCCCAGUAUGUCACCCAGGUCACAGCCAAAGAUGGACGCCUUCUUUCCACUGUGCUUAAACCACUGGGAACACAGAGCGAUGGCCCCAUCUGCCGCAUUUGCCAUGAAGGAGGCAAUGCUGAGGGUCUCCUUUCCCCCUGUGACUGCACGGGCACCCUGGGCACAGUGCACAAGAGCUGCUUGGAGAAAUGGCUCUCCUCCUCCAACACCAGCUACUGUGAGCUCUGCCACACUGAGUUCAGUAUUGAGCGCCGACCCAGACCCCUCACAGAGUGGCUGCGGGACCCCGGCCCCCGUAACGAGAAGAGAACACUAUUCUGUGACAUGGUGUGUUUCCUCUUCAUUACACCCCUUGCAGCCAUUUCCGGUUGGCUGUGUCUGCGUGGCGCCCAGGACCACCUUCAGCUGAAGAGCAGGCUCGAGGCCGUAGGCCUCAUUGCCCUGACCAUCGCCCUCUUCACCAUCUAUGUCCUCUGGACUCUGGUAUCUUUCCGCUACCACUGUCAGCUUUACUCCGAAUGGAGGAGAACAAAUCAGAAAGUCCGUCUGCUUAUUCCAGAUGCCAAGGGGGUUCACUCUACCCAGCAUUCCUUGCUAUCCACCAAGCUAAUGAAGAAGUCUGCAGACGAGAGUAUCGUAUGAGAAAAGACAAAGAAGGUGGAGAAGGUUGAUGAUAACGCUCUCAUUGAUGCACGGGGGCUGUUUCAUGAUUCACCAUGCCUCCUAGCUAGACUUAAAAAAGUGCUUGUGGAUGGUUUUUUGUUAUUGUUUGUUUUUUGUUUGUUUUUUGUUUUCCAUCCCGUCAGCACUUAUUCGCGUCCUUGUUUUUCUUACCUUUCCAGUAAUGCCAGUAUACGGGGGCAGAAACAAGUAACAUUUCAACCAAGUCUUGUCUUGCCUCUUGCAGUAUUUGACAAGCUUGACAUGCAAAAAGGUGCAAAUGCAUGGAAAGACAUGUCAAUGCCCAGAGACUUGUGAAAAGUCCCAUCAUCACAAUGAUGGUGAUGAUGGUGAUAAUGAGUGAUGGUGAUGACAACAGCAACAUAGAUGACCAAACCUCAAAGCGUUGAGUGGAUUGUUAACUCUUCUUCUAAUCAUCAUCAUCAUCAUGAUCAUCAUCAUCAUCGUCGUCUUCCUUUUCCUCUUUUGCUUCAGUUAUUUCCCCUCAGUCCUCACUGGUCAGCAGUUGACUAUAUCUUGUAGCAAAAACAAAUCUUACGUUCACAACAAUGCUUAAAAUAUUUAAUAUGCUUGUUUUAAUAUCCACUGUUGUUCAGUCCCGUUUUAAUCUAUAAAGUGGG